CUUGCUUCCCGUAUUGUCGGUGGAAUAGAAGCUCAGCUCAGUGCGUGGCCUUGGAUGGUGGCGCUCGUGGAAGUCGGUUAUUUAGCUUGUGGUGGCUCUAUAAUCAAUGCCCGAAUAAUUUUAACGGCUGCUCAUUGUUUCAGCGGUGAAAGUAACGACCCCAGCAGAUGGCAAGCUGUAGCAGGAAAACAUUAUCUUCUUAGCGUUGAGCCACAACAAAUAAGUGUAAAGAUAAACAAGAUAAUUGUGCACGAGGAUUACAACAACAUCACACAGGACAACGACAUCGCACUGCUUGAACUAGCUGAAGCCCUAACUUUCUCAACCUACAUCCAGCCCAUAUGUAUCCCAGAUACCACGAAAGGUGUUCGUGUUGGCAAGGUCUGCCUACUUGCUGGGUGGGGCAAAACAGAAGGUACGGGGGAUUCCAGCGUUUUAAACCAAGUCCUCUUGCCUAUUAUAUCCGAUGAGAACUGCUCAUCGCGGGACUGGUACUGGACUCAGUUCAUUCCACAGAAAACAUUCUGUGCUGGGUAUGAAGCUGGUGGCAGCGAUGCUUGUAAGGGCGACAGCGGCGGACCUCUGGUUUGCAAAAGGAACAAUAAAUGGUUUGUUCAAGGAAUAUCCAGUUGGGGCUAUGGUUGUGCGGAGUAUAGAUGGCCUGGGAUAUACACCAACGUAAGCAUGCACAUAGACUGGAUCACAACUACUGUCGCUGAGAUAGCAUGCAAAGAUGUGGUUGGUUAG